GUCGCCCCUUUCUCUAACGGCGACUUGCAUUCGCGCCAUCUGCUCCUUUUAAAACGUUUCAGUCUAUCUCAGGGAAAACAUAACGUAAUACAAGAAAACGAACAAAAUUUGCUUGUGUGUUUGCUUCUUAAACAAGAUUAUGGUAGUGCAAAGAAAUCAGUUACCAUGGCCAUCGAAUUCGGAAGUCCAGCAGCAUUCGCAGCAGCAAAUUAGGGAAUUUUCUUUGCCCACUUAUCAUCAGAAUCAAAGUUACCACAUUUUGCAGCCGCCGAGACAAAAUAUUCAACAGCAGCCUCCACAGCUAGUUGAAUGGGCAAGACCUGAUUGAAUGUUAAAAUUUCGUCCAGUUAAAUUUAUUUCAUUUUAGAAAAAUACAUUUAACAUGCGCAAGGAGAACCUGAAAAAUAUGCCCAUCGGCAGACUGCAUAAAAGCAAUGCGUCAAGCUCGGUGAGCAAGGAGUCGGUGGCUGUCGCUCAAUCGCUUAAUUUACUGAGGCAAAACAUCCAGAGCUGUGUUAAUCGAGAAUUGGAUCUCGUCAUCAAACGCUAUAUUGAUAAAUUCUUCGAACCUGCCUUAGCCAAUUUAACAGCCAAUUUGGGGAAUCAGGCAGUGUCUGAUGAACACGUGAAACGAGUGUGCCGGGCGAUUUUGGAGGAAGCAAAGCAGAUGUACAUGCCAAAUAAGACAGAAUCUAACGGACGGCAAAACGCAAAUUUUGAAAAAGCCAGAAACAGUCAAAAUGCCUCAAACUUUGGCGAUAAUAAGGAUUACGAAACCCAGCCGGAAGCCAGCAAAACUAUUUGUAAGAAAAAGGUCAAAAGCGGAGCGCAAAGGUUGGCCAAGCCGGACAAUAUACGCCGAGAAGCGCCUAAGUGGGAUCCAGAAAGAAUAAACAAGGAAUCGCUCUUUGUCAUGGGAUCGAGGUUUGUAAUAUAUUUGCUCAUUAGAUCACAAUUUCCUCAAAUAUUGUCAAGGGCAAACAAGGCAAUGGGCUUUGGACCUACACGAGGCCGGCUGUACAUCAAACACCCAGAGCUGUUCAGGUACUCCGGGGACCAGGAAGACAAGGACUGGCUGAUCAGACACAGCCUGAUGCCACCAACAGGGCAGAAGGCUUAUAUAAUGAUCGUCAGCGACAUCACGGAACUAGCCCAGUCUGAUGAUUACAGAGAAUCGCAAACCCUGAUGCUUCACGAGCUGAAAGGAUUUGAAGCUCCCGACUUUAUGCUGCAGAAAAUAAAAAAUUUCAUGCAGCACAUGCGAACCGACCUUCCUGGUGGACACAGAAGAUACAAAAGGUCGAUCGCUGGACCCAGUGAACCACCAGAACCAGAGCAACCAAUUCAGCCGAGCACCAGUUACCAAUUAAAUAACUAUCCUCCCAACAUGGUGGCUGAAAAGAAUAACUAUUUCAAUGGAAGCACCAUAGCGCCAAUUUACCAAACGAUGAAUACAGUUGACACCUCGUAUUUUUCUCAACUCCAAACACUAGACGGAAAUGCUCAGCAGCAUCAAGAACCUAUGCAAUUCUACUCGAUGCCAGUCAACAAUGCCACAGCUGUUCAGUACACCAAUUAUUCUGUGUGGAACAAUGAUAACGUUGGAAAUCCAACAACUAAUUGUGGAAACACUCUUCAAUAGAGAUUCUUGGUUUAAAUGAAGGUUUAUUUAACAAUAAAGAUUUUGUAAAACAUACUCACUAUAGACUUGAAAUAAACGAAAAAA